UACUUCUUUGUCACGUUCGCUUGCAGUCAUGUCCGUUAUCGGCUACAUAAUUGGUCUGGGAGAUCGUCACUUAGAUAAUAUUUUGAUAGACUUUGAGUGCGGAGAAGUUAUUCAUAUUGAUUAUAACGUGUGCUUUGAAAAAGGAAAGAAACUUCGAGUUCCUGAGACAGUCCCUUUUCGCCUUACACAAAACAUUGAAACUGUACUUGGAGUUACUGGAGUUGAAGGUGUCUUCAGAAUCGCAUGCGAAAAUGUCCUUAGGGUGUUGCGGGAAAAUAAAGAAAUGCUAAUUACAUUGCUUGAAGCAUUUGUAUAUGAUCCGUUAGUUGAUUGGCAUCAAGACGUAUCUGAAGACCGCGAAAAACAAAUUAUGGAAAUUGAAGAAAAUAUAGGAUUGUUAAUUUCGAGAAUUGCCGAACUUAGGAUUCCCCUUGAGAAUAAUCAAGGACAUAUUUCGAAUUUAUUAUCCGAAUUUCUCACAGUUUUCAAGCAUAUAUGCGAACAUUACAUGAAUUUAUAUAAUCAGCAGGCGGAAUUAUCUGAACAACCGAGUCAAAGUCAUCAGAUCGAAAUUCGGGAACCUGCAUUCAUUCACAGCCAAAUUGAAUUAGAAAGUCUAAAAUCUGCUCUCUCACAAAGAGCUAAUGAAUGCGCUCUGUGGCAUGCACAACACGAGAAAACUAUACAGUCUAUUCAAGGGCCUACUCUUCAGAUUAUUUAUAAUGAAAUUUUUUCUUCAAGUUCGCAAAUAGGAGCAUCUAUUUUCACUCCAUUUUUGCAAAUUCUAGCCACAAAUGAAUUCAUGCUCCAAAGGUGCAGCAAAAUUGAGCAAGAAUUCAUGAGCUGGAUGAAUGAGCGCAACGCAGCUUUCAAAAAUUGCCUUGAACGUUUGCAAUUUUACAGGACUUUAGUCGUUCCUUUAGUUCCUGUGUUGAUGAUGCAAGAUUACUAUUCCAAAUGGCCUCAAUUAUUGAUCUCUUUAUUAGAAUCGUCAUUUUCAAGUCAAGACUUCCAAGCCCUAUAUCAAAACUCUAGAUUGCCAAUUGUCUCCGGCAAUGCUCUGAAUCAUAUUCGCGACGAUCUUAAGAUAUCUUAUACAAAUGCUGUACAGGAAAGCGUAUCUCUUGUCGAAGCAUUAGCUUUGGUUACAGACAAAACGGCCAUAAGCGAAUCAACGCUGCACACUAUGUUGAACAAUAUGCUCAAUGAAGAAAAUUCUACAAGCUUAGAUUCACGCCUUUCAUGCUUAGCGAGUGUGCUGUCUUCACUACUUGAACUUCAUCAGUUCUUUAAGGAAUCCAAUGAUACAUCUGAUGUGUUCAGCCAUGUCGGAUUUGGCGUUAAUUUUCAGACUGUUGUUAAAGAAACUCUGUCUAACGAAACUCUCGAUAAAUCGUCAUUUUUAACAUACUUAAUCAUUUUAUUGUCCAUUUAUCAUCAUAUUCAAAUUAUAAAAA